AUGGCACCAAAAAUCCAGAAAGUAGCAAUCGCUGGCGCAACCGGCAACGUCGGUAGCCACGUUCUCAAAGCAUUGGUGAAGGAUGGUUUCCAAGUCACCGUUCUGACACGCAAGCAAGGGUCAUUCCCAGAGGGAGUCACGGUCAAGGUUGUUGACUACACCUCACAUGACACCCUCACAGACGCCUUGAAGGGCAAUGAGGCUUUUGUCGAUUGUACUCUUGUCCAAGACGACACCCCUACUCGCAUGAUGGACGCUGCCGCUGCAGCUGGAAUCUAUCGGUAUAUCCCUUCAGACUUUAGCUUGGAUUUCAACAACCCCAAGCCCCACACUCUGCCCAUCUGGUUCAAGAAGGAUGCGAACGACAAGUACCUCCUUAAGAAGUGCGAAGAGACCAGCAUGACCUGGAGCAUUGUUUGUAACGGCGCCUUUUUGGACUUCUGUUUACGCACUGGCUUCUUGAACAUUGACAUCCACAAGAAGAAAAUUGACUACAUGAAUGACGGGAACAACGUCAUUGCGUGGACCACCCUCGAGACUGUCGGUAAGGCAGUGUCUGGAACCCUGUCACACCCCGCUGAAACGGAGAACCGCCCUGUAUAUGUUCACUCUGUUUACAAGAGCCAGAGGCAGAUGGCAGAUCUUUGCAAGGAGGCUCUGGGGUCUGACGGAUGGGAGGAGACGAAGUCGGACAUGGAGGAGAAGUUCGCUUGGGCAAUGAAGGAGAUCCAGGCUGGAAACUUUGACCUGGGCGUGCUGGCAACUAUGAUUCAGUAUGCAAACUCCAGGGCGGACUUUUCUUCGCCUUGGCCGCAGGAUGAUAAUGCACUGUUGGGCGUUAAGGAACUUUCAGACGGGGAAAUCAAGGAGUUGAUCAAGAGUCUCUAG